AUGUGGUGCCGCGGCGCGGACGCCGCGAGCCGCCGCGCGGUCAUCACCGACCCGGUGGAGAGCGCGACGCAGCAAGCGGGCGAGCUCGUCGCGUUGCUCGAGGGCGAACGCGACGUCGUGUUGUGCCAGCUCAACGCGGGGUGGUUGAGCGCGCACGAGCAGCCCGCGGGGGCGCCGUACGUCUCGCAGCUCAUCAAGCGGUGCGUCGAGAGCAGGGAGAUCGCGAGCAUGAUCUCGGAGAGCGACGACGUCGAGGGGAACCCGGGGCUGAGCGUCGUGUUUUACAACAAGAACGGGUCGGCGAAAGCCGUCGCGCGAGCGGAGGCGGAGGCGAACGCGGCGGCGGGGGGCGGCGACGCGAAGGACGAGGCUGGCGGCGGCGACGCGAAGGACGAGGCAGGCGGCGGCGGCGGCGGCGGCGCGCUGUUGGGGUUGGCGUUCGCGAAGAUGACCGGCGCGCCCGCGGGGAAGGGCAGCGGCAAGGCGAAGGGGAAGAAGGGCGCAGGCGGGCUGACGCCCGGGGAGGCGAAUCAGCUCGCGGCGAAAAAGAUCAGCGAGUUGGGCGCGCAGGCGGACUGCCCCGCGGUGACGCCGUACGAACGCGUGCUCGUGGGGCUCGCGCUGGGGUACGACGAGCGCGACGUCGCGUAUCACUUUCGCGGAUCGGGUCGCCGUUCAGCGCGGCGCUGUUCAUUCGCGCGAGGGAGGUGCUCUCGGGGCUGA